UUCGUGAUCUCGCGGAGCAAUACCCCACAGUUCCGCAUGAAUUUAUCAGGACUGAUAUUGACUCUGCGCCCUGGCCAAAAGACCCGCCAGCUCACCAAUCAUACCAGAUCCAAGAUAUGACCAAGCCCUGGCCGGUCGAGUGGAAGGAGAGCUUCGAUUUUGUGCAUCAACGCCUGGCCCUUGCUGCUGGUGGUCCCAUGCAGAAGGAUAUCGUGAACAUUCUAGGCGGUCUCGUCAAGCCGGGAGGCUGGAUUCAGUUGAUCGAGGCGUCUAACGAGGAACUACCGUCCCACGGUCCUGCCUUCAAAAAUUUUGUCACUAUCAUCAAGAGCAUUUACACCGUCUUUCGUGGUAGUCUCAAUCUCAUUGAAGACAUCCCUGCCUGGCUCAAGGAGGCUGGUUUUGUCGAUGUGGAGUACAAAGACAUUGACACUAAGCUUGGUGCCUUGAAUCCGAAUCCGCAGCUCGCGAAGCAGGGUGUUUACUCGACUACAGUCGCUGCGAAGGGUUUGGCUCAUUUUGCCUCAACUCUGCCCGCUGGUGCCAUACCCUUGACAUCUGAGCAAAUUGCCAACCAUCCGGAUGAGUUGAAGGCCGAACUUGCGAAGACUGGGGCUAUCUACCCCCUCCGUAUCAUAUGGGGAAGAAAACUAUCAUCUUAG